UAAGAGUGACAUCUAGAGGCGGGAGGAUGGACGGAAGUGCAUGCAGUCACCCCAUCGAGGUCAUGAGCACAGCGCCGCCCCGCGAGUCUGCUCGGAAGAUCUGUCUGAGGAGGACAAUUUAGUAGAAUGACGGCACAUUUCCUUCAUAUACUCAAUUUUCAUCUGUAGUUAUUAUUCUUCGUGCAUACUUCUGGCAGGACGAGACUAUAAGCAGCCAGUGAAGACAAGAGUGCACAUCGUUGGCUCUCCCCCGCAGCCCAGAAGGCAACACAAGUACACCCGGGGGACGUGUGGAUCCUGGAGUCUGACGAACCCAAAUGAAAGAAGAAGUGUAAAGAAAUAAAAAGAAGGAGAAUGGACUUCCCAGGCCACUUUGAGCAAAUCUUCCAGCAGCUCAAUUACCAGCGUCUGCACAGUCAGUUGUGUGAUUGCGUCAUCGUGGUGGGCAAUCGACACUUCAAGGCCCAUCGCUCCGUGCUAGCGGCCUGCAGCACCCACUUCAGAGCCCUGUUCACGGUCACGGAGGGAGACGCCAGUAUGAAUAUGAUCCAGCUCGACAGCGAGGUGGUGACAGCGGAGGCGUUUGCGGCGCUGGUGGACAUGAUGUACACCUCCACCCUCAUGCUGGGAGAGAGCAACGUGAUGGACAUCCUGCUGGCCGCCUCCCACCUGCACCUCAACAACGUGGUGAAAGCCUGCAAGCACUACCUGAUCACGCGCACCCUGCCUGCGUCUCCGCCCCGCGACAGACCGGCCCCUCCCCGCCAGCAGCAGGAGCAGCGGCACCGGCAGCAGGCGGGCGAGAGCGCCGCCUCGGCCGCCAACGCCAACCUGGCCUCCAACGCCGCCACCUCCAAGCUGCAGCGAUCCUUCCUGCUGCAGCAGCUGGGGCUCAGUCUGGUUAGCUCCGCUCUGGGCGUGAUGGAGGAGGACCAGGCGGUGGAGCAGAGAGCCCCCUUCCCCGUCCGCCGCUUCCACAAGCGCAAGCCCUCCCUGGGAGCGAACGAGGAGCCGCCCAGGCAGAGGCAGCCCGGGCGGCCCUCCGCACCCAACUUAGGGCUGCUGUCGCAAGGCCGGGAAGAAGGAGGGCUUCUGUCGCCCGACUCCCACAAAAUGGGGGAGCACUCCACUUUGGAGGUGGGCGGACUGUGCGCCCCGCAGGACGACCCCCAGAUGCCGAGUCAGUCGGAUGGCGGGCGCUGCGAGGGGGAGGACUCAGGGAGGCUGCAGGCAGGGGUGGGCAAGGAGGAGGACAUGGAGGACGGAGACCCCCAGGGCAACAGAGCGGGGAUGAAGAUCAAGUCAGGAGGCGAGGAGGAAGAGGGGGCGGACGAACACAAGGUUCUGGUCAAACAGGAGCCGCUAAGUUCACCCGAGCCGGCGGACGAAGUCAGCGACGUGACGUCGCAGGCGGAAGGCAGUGACCCGGCUGAGCCUGCGGGCGGGGAGGAGGCGGAGAAAGUGGAGCUGAGCCCGGAGAGCAGCGACGACCGCGGCUUCAAUCCAGAACCGCAGCCCAGCUCCGACUCGCUGCUGCAAUCCGGCUCGCAGCUCCUCCUCAAGGCCAGCAUGGGAGGAGGGGGCGGGGCUGGCUUCAGGUGCAGCAACGGCGUGGACAGCAAACCCGACUUCAUUGUUUCCAGCUUCCUGAGUCCGAAGGAUUUCGGGAGUGGCAGCGGCGGAAGCUUGAUUGGUGGCGAGGAUGACCUUCCCAACACCACCACCGGGGAAGCUGUGGCCCAUAACUUCCUGCUGAGGCAGGAGGCGCCUGGAAUCCCCGGUUCAACGCCGUCCUCCCUGCUCCAGUCUGACGGCGAAGGCCGUGCUCAGUUCAGAGAGAACAUACAAGCCGAUUCUCUUUUCCUUCACCCGCUGCAUGACGGUUUUGGGCACCAUAGAGGAAGUGGUGGCAAUGGAGGGCGGGGAGGGAUCGAUUCUUUUAGUUUGGACUUCCAGCGCUCCAGUCUGGGGUUACAUUCCUUAGGACGGCCCACGCGUAGCGCCGGUGGGCCGACCCCCGGCGUCCUGGGAUACCCGGGCUACAGACGCGUCACCCCGAAGAUGACCAACGGCGCGGGGCGGGAGGAGGGCGGCGUUCUCCAGGACUCCGCCUCUUCCUCGUCCAGCCUGGCGAGCCCCAUGCUCCUCGGCGAGGGCUCCGGGUACAACGCGCCGGGCGGCCGGCCCACGUCCCUCCCGCCACAGCUCACCCGGGCCUCGGCGGACGUGCUGUCCAAGUGCAAGAAGGCCCUGUCGGAGCACAACGUCCUGGUGGUGGCGGGCGCUCGCAAGUACGCCUGCAAAAUCUGCUGCAAGACCUUCCUGACGCUGACCGACUGCAAGAAACACAUCCGCGUCCACACGGGGGAGAAACCCUACGCAUGCCUCAAGUGUGGGAAGCGCUUCAGCCAGUCCUCACACCUGUACAAGCACUCAAAGACCACUUGUCUACGCUGGCAGAACAGCAACAUGUCCAACGCCCUCCCUUAGAGCUCCUCGUCUUGCAAACGCAAUCGAACGGAGGAUGCUUGAAGGGGAGAUAAUGGCCAAGAAGUAACCCUCAAAUGGACCCAUAACUUAAGGCAACAUACCUACCUAUGGCAGGAGUGUCCAAACCACAGCUCGCGGGCUAAUUGUUCGGUUUGACCCGUUAAACAUCCCACGCUCAAUAGGAAAUCUGACCUAAUUUCAAAGCGUUUUCUUUAUUUUAAUGACUAUUUAUUUACAUUGUAGAUUGUCACGGAAGGCAUCAAAAAUAUGAAUGAACACACGUGGAGUUAUGUACAAACCCAAAAACCAGUUACGUUGGCACGUUGUGUAAAACGUAAAUAAAAAGAGAAUACAAUGAUUUGCAAAUCCUUUUCAACUUACAGUAUAUUCCAUUGAAUAGACUGCAAAGACAAGGUAUUUAAUAUUCAAACUGAGAAAAAUAAUCAUUAACUUAGUAUUUAAUGGCCACAACACAUUGCAAAAAAAGUUCUGGGUGUUGUUGAUAAAUGGCUUUCGCUCUGCAUAGUAGAGUUUUAACAUAUGUAGCGACCAACUGUAGUUACUGACAGUGGUUUUCUGAUGUUUUUGUGGCGAUAUGCUUUACACACUGAUGUCGCUUUUUGAUGCAGUACCACCUGAGGGAUCGAAAGUGAUUUCUCCAGAUUCUCUGAACCUUUUGAUGAUAUUUCAGACCAUAGAUGGUGAAAUCCCUGAAUUCCUUGCAAUAGCUGGUUGAGAAAUGUUGUUCUUAGACUGUUGGACAAUUUGCUCACGCACUUUUGGACAAAGUGGUGACCCUCACCCCGUCCUUGUUUGUGAACGACUUAGCAUUUCACGGAAGCUGCUUUUAUACACCAUCACGGCACCCACCUGUUCCUAAUUAGCCCGUUCACCUGUGGUAUGUUCCAAAUAAGUGUUUGAUGAGCAUUCCUCAACUUUAUCAGUCUUUUUUGCCACCUGUGCCAGCUUUUAUGAACCAGGUCGCAGGCAUCCAAUUCCAAAUGAGCUAAUAUUUGCAAAAAAUAAAGUUUACCAGUGCUAACAUGAAAUAUCUUGUCCUUGCAGUCUAUUUAAUUGAAUAUCGGUUGAAAAGGAUUUGUAAAUGAUUGUGUUUUGUUUUCAUUUACCCUUUUCACAACGUGCCAACUUGGGCUUUUGCCCCCCCCAGCCAAAGAGUUUCAUCCCCCAAGUCACAGUUUCGACAGCCCUGCCCUGUGGGUGAUGCCCUGACACUGUCAAAAUCAGGACGGUGGUUCUGAUAUCUUGCCUGACCACGUUUGCACCUUUGGACUUUUGUUUACAGGUGGGACUUUUCUUUUACCCCCCCCCCCCCCCCCCCCACACACACACACACACACACCGGUGCACUUGGAGGGCGCAUGUAAAGGUGUGAGGUAAAACGCACAGCAAGUUGAGGCCUUUUCGUUUCUUGUCACAAAACACUGGAACAUGGGUCCAAAUGCACCUUAUAAUGUGUGUUCGGGGGGCAUGACUGCUAAAAAGAAGUUUUUUGUUUUUUAUUUCAAAUAUUGGACAUUGUGGUUUAACAUAGUUAUUUUUUCAAAGGAAAAGUAGAUGUGUAUGUUGACGGCAGGGAUGGGUACUGAGUCCCACCCCAAUUCACCUCAAAUCCCACAGUGCCAUGUUUCAGUACCUGGGCGGCUGACUCUUUGCACUUUGGUACUUGGCGGUCUCUCCAGCAGCACUGAGAGCUAGCACAGUCGAACUACCUCGAGUUAAUGUUGCAAUUUUUAACACCAACAAAGAAAUUGACUCAACAAAAAAAUGCUCCGACGUAAGUUAAGUCAGGCUCCAAAAAAGUGCGAUUCUGAUAUUAAUGUACUGUACAUUGUUUUUUAAGUGCUACAGGCUGCCAUUAGCAAAUUUACAUGGCGAUUUCGACAACCUCCCAAAUUUGAAAACUACAACGAAGAUGGACGAUAAAACCAAACAGCUGGUGCGUAAAAAAGUGCAAUACUUACAUCGUGGAUGUCAAACUCUUUUUAGAUAGGGGGGGCCACAUGGAGCUAAAUCUACUACUCCCAAGUGGGCCGGACUGGUAAAAUCACAGCACGAUAACUUAAAAAUAAAGACAUCUUCAGAUUGUUUAAAAAUAGAACAAAUUUACAAUAAUAAUGUUGUUGUUGUUGUUUUUAACACUUAUAUGUUGCGGUUAAUUUGUCGUUUUUUAUAUUUUCCGAAUAAAUUACGUGAUAAUGUUCAUCAUUCAACUCAUUGCUGUUAAUUUUCAAUCUAACGAGGAAAAAAAAUAUCAAAAUCAAAUUGCAGGAUGUUAUUUGUGUAGUUUGAUCAUUUUUCUUGACUGUCUAGUACUAGCAUCAUGUGGUUUAUUUUCUAUAUACGUAGCAUCAUCUAUAAAUACACAAAAAAUUGCUAUUGCAAUAUCCGGUUAACACAUUUAGAACUGCAGUUUUUAUUUCAUUCAAACAUCUCAGGUUCAUUUUUAUACUUAGCAAACUCAUCCCGCCGGCCGAAUAAAACCUGUUUGAGGGCCUGAUCCGGAACAUUUGACACCCCUGACUCACAGUAUUAACACCUUGUAGGGUGCAAGAGACAGCCAUGAUUAAAAAAAGUUGCAAUAGAAAUUGGUUUUAUUAUCAAAAACACACACAAAAGAACGGACAAUUGGUACCGUUGAGUAUCUGUAGUGAUUCCCAGGUGCCGGUAAUCGGUACCGUAUCGGUCCAAAUGUGAACGGUACCCAUCCCUAGUGCUCCUUGUUUCUUGUCAGUGCUUGGAAACGUGUUUGAUGCAUCUCAUAUCGCACCUACUGUGUCUCAUAUGGACACGUAUGCGUGGUUUUUGAGGUGGGGAAACACUCGCUCUGAAUGAUUUGAACUUCUGUUUCCGUGCCAGUGUGGUACAUCGAAUUGGGAGGGAUACUUUCGCCCCCAAGAGAGGCCACGGUGUGGCGUUAUAGCUCAACUUCCUGCAGCUUCUGCUUCAAAUCCUUAUGUAAGACAAGGACACGCGUGUUUUUCUUUUUUAUUCAUUCUAAGUCGUAAAGAAGUGCUAGCAGAAGUCAGCUAACAAUGUGGUUGCUUUAUUUAGCCUAAAAGCGCUCUUAAAAACCCCCACUGUAAGUAAGUUAUGUAGUAACAUUCAUAAUAACAUGUAUUGACGUAUUUUGCUCAUUUUAAACAUAGGGUGGCGUAUUAAUUUCCCAGAUGUAUCACAAUGUUUGUUUUUCUUUUCAACAACACUACUAAUCAUGGCAGACUUCAUGAGAGACAACAAAGACUACUUUGAGACAAAUCAUGAUCCAGAAACUUCUACUUUUUGAGGCUGAAAAUAGGGAGGAUGACCUACAAGUUUUAAAAGAUGCAGCUUUAUUCAAACACUAAACAUCAUUUAGCAGCAUAGCUUAGUGCUAAACAAGAUAUACGAACAUAAUAAAACACACACUCACUGUACAAUGUCUGCUGUCACUGGGAUAUAGACCGAUGGGAUGUUUAUAUCUUCCCAUUUACAUGAACAAUUCAUCAUAGUAUUCAAAAAAAAGGUAGCUGCAAAUGUUUUUCCUGCUUCUAAGUCGGAUGUCAAAGUUGACCAACCUACGGGUUUAUGUCCGCGACCUACUAUCCAGGUGAGAGGCAUGAUAUAUAAUCUAGAAUUAACUUUCCCCAACUCCGAGGCGAUGCAGCAGCUCAAAUAGUUUGUCUGCGUUAGCACUUAUAAUAACAAUAUCGCUGUUGAUAUUCGGUUCACGACAUGUAAAUGGAGUAUUGUUGGGGCUUUUUGGAUGUUUUCAGAGGGUUUUAUGGGCGAUUGUGUACUCCCGAUUAGCUGCAUUGUUAGCCACCUCGUACUAGCCAUAUUUUACGACUUAGAAUGCAUUAAAAAAAUGACAACAUAUGUGUUUGUGUCCUAUGAAUGGCUAAAUUCCCCCCAAAAAGUACAGUUCCCCUUUUAACUUUCUUUCCACAACAAAAUAGCGCCUGUUUGUCAAUUUAAUUAUGAGCGCCAUCCCCGUACUGUGCGCAAAAAGUGGCAGAGUAGUUUUCAAUUAUCAAAAAUUACCUGCCAGAUGUGGAAAUUUUACAUAUUUUUUUUCCAAAGAAAAAUCUGAGGAAUUGUUCAUGUUGGGUUUGUGCGAGGCUCGUGACAAAAUAGCCAUGAGAAGGUUGUUCCAUGUUCAAAUACAAGAAGGAAUGAUUGAUAUUAAUGACGCCUGGUGUAAAUAGUAGCAAACGGCAGUAUUCACACCACAAUGACCUUAUCAAAUAGUCAUGUUUACUCACUCUCAUGACUAAACACUCACCCCGUCAUUUCUGUUUGACGUCUUCAUUUAGUGUUUUGGGAGUAAGUCGUAUCAAAAUAGUAUGGGUCCAAACUAUUCUCUCCCGUCUUGAUGUUAAAUAUCUGACAGUAUAGAUGAGGCAGUUUUGUCGCCAGCUGUUGGACAAGGUGAAUAUCUAAGAUAACGACUGUUAAAGGCACGUUGAAGUGUCAGCAGCACAGCAUUUUGAUAUAUGACCCAAUCCAAACGAGCUGCCCGGUUAAUGGCGCAAGUAAACCGACACAAAAAGUCAACACAUGGUUACACACAAUGCUUUGUGGGUAUUAUAUAAAAAAAAAUGUCCAAGAACAACACAUAAUUAAAUAUCCAUAUACGUGUGUAUGUAUAUAUGUAUGUGUGUGUAUAUAUAUAUAUAUAUAUGUAUAUAUAUAUAUAUAUAUAUUUAUAUAUAUAUAUAUAUAUAUAUACACACACACACACACGUAUAUAUACAUGUGUGUAUAUAUGUAUGUAUAUAUGUAAAAACAAUAUGCAUAUAUAUGUAUAUAUGUGUGCGUGUAUAUGUAUAUAUGACAGUGUAUAAUAUACACAUGUAUAGGGUAUGUGUGUGUACUGUAUAUACAUAUAUAUACAUAUUUGUAUAUAUUUAUGUCUAUAUAUGUAUGUGUGUAUAUAUGUAUGUACAUUCAGUAUAUAUAUGUAUAUAUACACAUGCACAUUUCAAUGUGUGUGUGUAUAUACAUAUAUAUAUGUAAUGUGUGUGUAUAGAUAUAUAUAUAUAUACUCAUAUAUUUAUAUAUGUAUAUAUGUGUGCGUGUGUAUAUAUGACAGUGUAUAUACACAUAUGUAUAGGCUAUAAGUGUGUGUGUGUGUGUGUGUAUAUAUGCAUACAUAUUUGUACAUAUGUAUGUAUAUAGUUUUAUAUAUGUAUAUAUUUGUAUUUAUAUAUGUCUAUAUAUGUACAUACAUAUAUAUGUAUGUACAUGUAUGUAUGUAUGUAUAUAUAUGUACAUGUAUGUUUAUAUGUAAGUAUAUUUGUAUGUACAUUUGUAUGUAUGUAUGUAUAUAAAUGUGUAUGUGUACAUAUAUAUAUAUAUAUAUAUAUAUUUGUAUAUAUGUAUAUAUAUUUAUUAUAUAUAGAUAUAUAUGUUAUUUAUUUAGCCGAAGAUGGCCCCCAAUUAAAAUAGUUUGGACACUCCCAGUCUAAAAACACGGUUUUCUACUAAAUUAAUUCCUCGGGGAGAACAGAACUUGUACAAAUGCAGUUGACAUUACGACGUGACGCUUCCACUCGCUCGCCACCCACUCUUACCCGACACACACAACCGAUCAGACGUGUUGGUGCCGUCCACUUCCUGUUGAAAGGAUGGUUCCAUAACAAACAUUCUGAACAAAAGAUGCACUUCUCGCCAAAGAAAUGCCUACGUUGAUUGCUCAAGUUGCUGCCUUAUGUCUUUUCGCUUCUAAUCCUGUUUUGCUAACAUGGAGUAGCCACCACACCAAAGAGAGUGGUAGUCUCUUAAAUUGUUGCACCGACUGAAUUAAAAACACCAGAAAAAUG